UGUUACAAAUUAGUGAUGGAAUCUCCGCGGCGAUCCGCGUCUCUGUCACCGAGAAGGAAAACAGCCAGACCGAUUUACCGUUCCAGUGCUGUGUCAGAUUUGAUAACAUCUGCGGAAUAUGAAGACAGUAACAAUAUAAUAAGGUCGAUUCCCGAGCGGGAAUGGCGGCUGCUGACUGCUUUAGCGAGAAAAAGAGAAGAGAGCGCAGAAAGAGAUAGAUUGGCUGAUGAAUUUCAUAAGAUGUGGCGCGAGGAGAAACGGGAAAGAGAAAUGAUAGACGCGCAGUCGACAGAGAAAUUUAGGCAGUACAUAAAAGAGAAACGUCGCCGCGAACGUUGUCUGGCUGAGCUGGUGCGAGGUCAGCAGCGCAUGCAGCAGAAUAUAAUGCAAGGGCAACUGCUAGACUGUAUACGGUACAAGGAUCACCGCGCAAAGGAGCUGAUGGCUUUCAAUGAUGAUAGAAAGGUGAGCAGAAUUAUAGACAACGCGCUGGAGGAGGAGUCUCGUGCGUACCUCGCAGCGGACCGGCGGUCGCGGCAGCACGCGGCCGACCACUGCCGGCGCAGCGUACAACUUAUACACGCCUUGCAGAAAGAAGAAGAAGCAAACAAGAGAAGGAAUGCUUUGCUUAGAAAUACAUCACAGCGUGUAGCAAUAUCGAACGCGCUUAGUUCGUGGGAAUCAUCGCUGCUGCGUCAGGAGUUGGCGGCAGAGGAAGCGUAUAGACGUGCGGAAGCGAUAGCGCACGCGGCACACACUGACGCGCGCGCGAUGCGAUUGGUCCGCGAGCGUGACGUCAGAGCGCGUCGAGCCCGCCGAUUGGCUGAUUUCACAGAGCGACUCAGAGACGCCGUCAAAAUUGGACAGAUGUAUAGGCAGAGUCAAUAUGUUUGAUGGCCGCAGCGAGGCUGGCGGCGGCGCGGCUGUACUCCCGGAGGACCAGCUCGGCGCGCUG